GUAAUGAUUCUGACGUUGACCUUGACAGGAAGGAAGAUGAGAGAGAAAAAACUCCAAAGAGGCCCAGAGCUCAGAAAGCAGAGAAAACUCCAACUAAGGAGACUGAACAGGUUUCAGGAGCUAAAAAUCCUAUUAUAAGUGUGGUUUUGACAGCCCAUGAAGCUAUUCCAGGAGCCACAGAAAUUGUUCCCGUUGAGGCUGCUCCCCAAGAAAGUGAACCCACAGCUCCAGAGGCAACAGCUCAAGACCCAUCACAACGAAGAGGGUAUCAAGAAUAUGCCAUUCAGCAAACCCCAUAUGAACAGGCAAUGAAAUUCGGCAGGUUGGGUCCAACUCAGCUGAAGAUUUUUACGUGUGAAUACUGUAACAAGGUGUUCAAAUUUAAGCACUCCCUCCAAGCGCAUUUGAGGAUUCAUACCAAUGAAAAACCUUACAAGUGUUCAUACUGCAGUUACGCCAGUGCAAUCAAAGCCAACCUCAACGUUCACAUGCGGAAACACACAGGGGAGAAGUUCAGCUGCGAUUACUGUACCUUCACCUGUCUCAGCAAAGGGCAUCUCAAAGUUCAUAUUGAAAGAGUUCAUAAGAAAAUUAAGCAGCAUUGUCACUUCUGCAAAAAGAAGUACUCAGAUGUUAAAAAUUUGAUCAAGCAUAUCAAGGAAACACAUGACCUCCAGGAUAAAAUGGUGAAGGUUGUUUUUGAUGAGCUUCGCUUGAUGACACGAGAGGGCAAAAGACAGCUUCUUUAUGACUGCCAUAUUUGUGAACGCAGAUUCAAAAAUGAACUCGAUCGAGACCGCCACAUGCUUGUUCACGGCGAUGAAAGACCCUUUGCUUGUGAGCUCUGUGGUCAUGGAGCCACUAAAUACCAAGCCCUUGAGCUUCAUGUGCGCAAACACCCCUUUGUUUACGUGUGUUCUGUGUGCCUGAAGAAAUUUGUCAGUUCUGUAAGACUCCGUGCUCACAUCAAAGAUGUGCACGCGGAUUUGCAGGAGACUUCUGUUUUUAAUAGCUCCAUCAAUCAGAGUUUCUGCCUGCUUGAGCCUGGAGGUGAUAUCCAGCCAGAAGCCCUUGGUGAACAGCCAGUAAAAAGUGCAGAUGAAUCAACCUUCACGAGUACUAAUGCUAUUAACACGCCACAACCGUCCUCUUGUAAAGGUGAAUCAAGAGCUGCAGAUGUAAACCAUAACAGUCAACAUAAUGGUGACUUAAAAAUUGAUGCGGUCCCUUUGUUGGAAUUUGAAAAUCCUCCGGUGGAGGCUGUAACAGAGGCACUAUGUCAGACAACAGACAUAGCAGCCCCAAACGUUCAAUCCUGUGUCGGGUCAGACUGCUUUCUGCUGAAAAACAGCACUUCUGGUCCUGAUGAGUUAAAAGUUUCUCCUGCAAAUGAAGAGGAAGUAAAUCACUGCACUUCUGUAAAUGAAGAGGGAGAAGAAAUUCAGCUUUUGUUGUCUUCAGACAGAGGUGUAAAUCCAAGCCAGACCAAUGAAGUGACUGAGAACCUUUUGAUUUCUGAAGAGAGAAAUCAAUCUGCUCCUUCUAGUGAGCCAGAAACAAGCGAUCCGCCAAGUCAAAACUCAGCAGAAACCACAAAGGCUUUGCCAGCACCAGAAGCUGAUGCAGCCACCGGUCCACGGGCAGCCUCUUCCAGUGCGGUUCCUUCAGACGGUCAGAGUGGAGCCGUCGCCUUUAUGCAGAUCCUGGACAGCUUGCAGAAGAGACAAAUGAACACGGAGUUGUGUGAGAGGAUAAGGAAAGUUUAUGGAGACUUGGAAUGUGAAUAUUGUGGCAAGUUGUUUUGGUACCAAGUGCAUUAUGACAUGCACGUUCGUACGCAUACCCGAGAACAUUUAUAUUACUGCUCCCAGUGCAACUAUUCUUCCAUCACCAAAAACUGCCUUAAGCGCCACGUCAUUCAGAAACACAGCAACAUUUUGCUGAGGUGUCCCACGGAACAUUGCGACUACUCCACUCCAGAUAAAUACAAGCUCCAGGCACAUCUUAAAGUUCACACCGAACUGGAUAAAAAGAGUUAUUCCUGUCCUGUGUGUGAGAAGUCAUUUUCCGAAGAUCGACUUAUAAAAUCACACAUCAAGACAAAUCACCCUGAGGUUUCAAUGGCUACUAUUUCUGAGAUUCUUGGCAGAAGAGUUCAGCUGAAAGGACUUAUUGGAAAACGAGCUGUGAAAUGUCCCUACUGUGAUUUUUAUUUUAUGAAGAAUGGAUCAGACCUUCAGCGUCACAUUUGGGCUCAUGAAGGUGUCAAACCCUUCAAAUGUUCUCUCUGUGAGUAUGCCACUCGCAGCAAGAGUAACUUGAAAGCCCACAUGAAUCGUCACAGCACUGAGAAAACUCACCUUUGUGAUAUGUGUGAGAAAAAGUUCAAAUCAAAAAGCACUUUGAAGAGCCAUAAACUCCUUCAUACUGCUGAUGGAAAGCAGUUUAAAUGUACAGUGUGUGACUAUACAGCUGCCCAAAAACCUCAGCUCCUACGUCAUAUGGAACAACAUGUCUCUUUCAAGCCUUUCCGUUGUGCACAUUGCCAUUAUUCCUGCAACAUAUCUGGUUCCCUGAAGAGGCAUUACAACAGAAAGCAUCCUAAUGAAGAGUAUGUAAACGUAGGUUCUGGAGAGCCUGCAGCAGAAGCUCUUAUCCAACAAGGUGGCAUUAAGUGUCCUGUUUGCAGCUUUGUGUACGGUACAAAGUGGGAAUUCAAUAGACAUCUGAAGAACAAGCAUGGGAUGAAGCUAGUGGAACACGAUGGGGAGAGCAAGUGGGAGUUAACUGCUGAGGUUUCUGAAGAAGCAUCCACUCAGUAUCUCCAUAUCACAGAGGCUGGAGAAUAUGUUCAAGGCACUCAAGCUGCGGUAGCUGCGUUACAGAACCUUAGAUAUACUUCUGAGAACGGUGAAAGACUUGAUCCAACAGCUGUGAACAUCCUGCAGCAAAUCAUUGAGCUGGGUUCGGAAACUCAUGAUGCCACUGCAGUUGCUUCUGUAGUGACAAUGGCACCUGGCACUGUGACAGUGGUGAAGCAGGUGAAAGAAGAGGAGCAAUCAGCUAAUCACACUUUGAUGAUUCAAGAGACACUGCAGCAAGCUUCGGUGGAGCUGUCUGAACAGCAUCACCUGGUGGUGUCCUCGGAUGAAGUGGAGGGAAUUGAGACGGUGACUGUGUACACGCAGGGCGGAGAGGCUUCGGAAUUCAUCGUUUAUGUUCAGGAAGCGAUGCAGCCUGUGGAGGAAGAAGCUGUGGACCACUCAGUGCAGGAGCUCUAG